UAACACAAACACAAACACGGAAAACAUUCAGUAGCAUUCUACACACAACUCUGUUUCAUAAUCUUCCCCUGUUCCUUUCUUGUUAACUACUGAAGUCAAGUGUUCAGAAAAACCAAUGAGGAUUGUAGGAUUGGGUUUUCGCCCCACAGAUGAAGAACUCGUCGACUUCUACCUCAAACACAGAUUGCUCGGUGAUGAUCCCCGUGUUCGCGUCAUGACUGACAUAGAUCUUUGCGAUGUUGAACCUUGGGAAGUACCAGUGAUGUUAGCAAAAUCAGUAAUACCAUUCAAAGACCGAGAAUGGUGUUUCUUCAGUCCUGUUAAAUUGAUGUCCUCAAAUAGUAAAAGGUUUAUCAGGAGAACCAAGUCUGGGUUCUGGAAACCCACUGGAAAAGACCGUGAUGUUAGAAGCAGGGACACCAACACUGUCAUUGGGACUAAGAAGACUCUUGUUUUCAAAUAUGGUCGUGCUUCCAAAGGUGUCAAUUCCGACUGGUUUAUUUACGAAUAUCAUGCUCUUAACUUUCUUGAAAGCCAGUGCGUAGAAGGAUCGUAAACUAGUCGAACCAAGAUGAGUAUUUUAAAAUAUCUUAUGUGAUGAAGCUCCGACACUGUGCUCGAGCCGCGCUUCCCCGAGUCGGAAGCGCACCGGACAUGGACACCCGUCGGAAGCGUGUAGGACGCGGUGUCGGACACUGAUAUUUGGGUCGGACACGGUCUUCCUUUUGGACGUGCGGAGAAAAGUGAAAAGUAGGUGUUGAUCUUACUAUUACAGUUACCUUCGCAGAGAAGAAGCUGAAAAGAAAACAUAAUAUAAAUUUAAUAAUAGUUAUUUUAUUUAAUCAAUUUGUUUUGAUUUCACGGAUUCAAAGAAUUCUCUUCUGUCACAUCUUCAUCAUUUCAAUUCUUUCUCGAUAUAAUUAUUUUAUUUAAGGAAAUUUUAAUAUGUUUAAUUAGUAUAUAAUAUAUUAUAUUAUAAUUAAUUUUAAUUUACGAUAUCUUUUAUUUUUAUAUUUAAAUAAUUUAAUUUCUAUUACAUUAAUUUAUAUAUAAUUAUAUAAUUAUAUAAUUAAUAUAUUUUAUAAUAUAUGUGUCUCGUAUUUCAAAUAAAUAUAAAUAAAUUAUUUUAUAUAAAAAAUAAAAAUAAAAAUAAAUACACAACUAAUCUAAAUUAAAAAUCUUAACCAAUUAUAUAUAAUCAAAGUACAAAGAAGAGAAAACUAAAUUGUGGGAUAUUGGAAGAGAUGACUUUUCAUUGGAAAAUAGCGGAGUUUUUCAGAUUGCUAGUCUAUCUCUUGAUGAACCAGAAUUAGAAGAAGCAUUUUUCAAUGAAGAUAAACAAAUAUGAGAGCCAAACAUCAUAAUUUACAUACGUUUUUUUGUUUUUCUUUUGCUAGACUUUGUUUCUUUUAUAAUUGUUUAUCUUGAUUUCCAUUAGACCAUGAAAUAUAAUUGGUAGAGGUAAAACUUAUGAGAAUAUAAAUCUGGCAGAGCCGGUUAGAUAUUCUCUCAUAAAUUUUAUUCUCAGAAAGACAAGAUAUAACGGGGGAAAGGAAAAUAUAGAAAAUGUGAACAUAUAAACAUAAAAGGUAUGACCGACAUGCCCGAUCUCAUCUGGGACUUAUAGUUCUGUCGGCUCUACUGGCCUUAACAUGCCCGAUCUACAAAGGGUAUCCUAGCGAAUACACACCACUUCAAUUACACAGAUAUUCUAAAAGGUAUCCAAGGAUUUCUCGCUCUGAUACCAGAGAAAAGAGAAGAGGGGAAUAUAAACAUAAAAGAGGUAAAACUUAUGAGAAUAUAAAUCUGGCAAAGCCGGUUAGAUAUUCUCUCAUAAAUUUUAUUCUCAGAAAGACAAGAUAUGAGAAAAGAGAAGAGGGGAAUAUAAACAUAAAAGAGGUAAAACUUAUGAGAAUAUAAAUCUGGCAGAGCCGGUUAGAUAUUCUCUCAUAAAUUUUAUUCUCAGAAAGACAAGAUAUAAACAGAAAAAAAAAGUAAACAGAAAAAAAUAAAUUAUGUGCAUCAUAUGUUUUUAAGCCUUUAAAUGAUUAUCGCAUCUUUUUAAUAAAUAUUACUCAGGGCAUCCGUAGAUGCCUAAAAGGAAACUACUCCAUAAAGACUUACUCAGGUUCCAGUGGGAGAGGGGAGAGAUCUGAAGUUCCUCGUUUAUUUAUGAUUGAAAGCAAAGUAUACAAGGGGGGGAAGAUAGAGAGAGAGAUUUGUAGAGAGAAGGCAGAGGAAAGAGUAAGCAAGGUUAAGAGAGAGGGGGAGGUUCUGAGUUUCUUGCCCAGCAUAAGGGUCUUACAGACUCUUUUAUAGAAAAAAUUUUGACUUGUAACCUGUUGAACCGGUUUUAAAUGACCGGUUACUUGUAGUGUCGGUCAUGUGAUAACUGUGUUGCUUUACCCUUCAGUCUAUUACUCAGAUAAGAGUAAAAUUACUGUGUCACAGGUAAAACUUUCUCUAUUGUCCUUUUCUGGAGACCAUAGUGGACGUUAAGUCUUCUUGGUCUUCUUCAAGGAUUUGAUCAGAGUCUUCAUUGUCUGAGGGAAAAGAAGAUCCAGGUGUUCCUUGUCCAUGGCUUCCUGUUUCUUCGUAGAUUUCUCUGUAUAUCCUUUCCUUUUCAAAUCUCUUUACUAGUAAAGGACUGGCUUCAAUGGGGAAAGGAUGGAAUUUAUUUCCCAUAAACUUUUUCCAAUAUAUCUUGGUGUUUACGGUUUCUUUCAGAAGGAUGUAUUCGGAGUUAUCCUUUCUAGAGAAAUUCCAGUUUGAUCCUUCAACAUAUGCCUUCCAGAGCUGGUACUGGUAAAGCUUUUCUUUGUUUAAAGUUAGUCCUUUCAAGGUUCCAUGUUGUAGAUGGACAUGGGCCUCAGGAUUUGACUCUGUAUAUAGUUUUAUCACAUGAGUUGCCACGCUGUCAGGGUUUUUGGCACUCUUGGGAGAAGAGGUAAUUUGUAGGCAGAUGCUGGUCAUAUAUUCUGCCUGUAUCUCAUUUACUACCGAAUUUAUUUCUUGGGUAAGAGAGUUGAACUUUUCGGUAGGGGGGAUGAUAAGUGUUUGGAGACAUCCUGCCUCUAAUAAUAGGGAAGGACAUAUAAUCACGUCUCUGUAUAGUUGGUUUCUGAAGGUCUUUAAAUCAAUUUGGGCCUUCCUAAAGAUGAACUUGAUCUGGCAAGUACAUUUGGUGGAUACUGUUUUACAAUAGUCAGAGGACUCUUGACACGGUGUCUUUGUAUCAAAAUAUGUUUGGGGUUUAACAAAUAAACCGUUGUAAUUUUGUGUUUCAGCAUGUACUUCAAACAAGAAUUCUUGUAUGACAUCAAAUUUUGCGAGGAAAAUGUUUGGGUUUAUUUGUGGUGAAAAACUGCAAGAGGCAGCAUAGGUAUGUGUUUGGGUUUUGGGUUCGAAUGCCAUUCCUGUCUUUAUUUUUUCUUCGUCAAUAGUUCCUAGUUUUAAAGCCAUUUGAGCUUCUUCUAGGGAAUUAAAACCUUUGUAUGUAGACCAGAAUUGGUCAUGUUUUGCCUCAGAGAGGUCUUUGUAUGAAGUAUAAACUCCUUUGUUUGGCCCUGUAAUUAAGGCAUAAUGUGUAAAUCCUUUCCCAGAGGGAGAGGCUGAUGAAGUUAAUAAAACUCCUUUGUUAUCUGCAUUGCA